AAUAGAUGUUUUGUUAUCUAGCCACUAGUUGAGUUGUUAUUGUUGUUGUUUUUUUUUUUCUAUGUGUAUUGUUGGUGUGUGUUGUCGGAAGUAACAUCGUGUGUUUACUUGACGUUGCUUGACGUGUCAAAAACGUAGAGUCGUAGUUUUUUUUUUUUUCUAUGAAACUUCACAAUAAUAUUUAAUUUUUCAUAAAAUUUCUAUUACAACUUUAAGCUUGAUAUUUAUUCAAAAAUGUUGAAGGCUGUGAUAUUAAUUGGUGGUCCAUUAAAAGGAACAAGAUUUCGUCCAUUAUCUUUGGAUAUUCCAAAGCCAUUAUUUCCAAUUGCCGGUUAUUCAAUGAUACAACAUCACAUUGAAGCAUGUGUUAAAUUAAAAAAUCUUAAUGAAAUAUUAAUAAUUGGUUCAUAUACAGCAAAUGAAUUACAAAAUUUUGUACAAGAUAUGAUGACAAGUUAUGGUAUAAGUAUAAGAUAUUUACAAGAAUUUACACCACUUGGUACUGCUGGUGGUAUGUAUCAUUUUCGUGAUCAAAUAAGAGCUGGUGGACCAGAUGCAUUUUUUAUAAUGAAUGGUGAUGUUUGUGCUGAUUUUCCACUUGAUGAAUUACUAAAUAAACAUAAUGAUACAUCAGCAACUCUAACUGUUAUGACAACUGAAGCAACACGUCAACAAUCAUUAAAUUAUGGCUGUAUUGUUUUGGGUAAAACAAGUAAAGUUGUACAUUACGUUGAAAAACCAUCAACAUUUGUUUCUACACUUAUUAAUUGUGGUGUUUAUGUUGCAUCACGUGAUAUAUUUCAAAUAAUGGCUGAUGUUUUUAAUGCUCGUCAUCAACAAAAUAAAUUAUAUGUUAAUGGUAAUGGUAAAGAUCCAGCACAUAUAUCAUUGGAACAAGAUAUAUUAACAUUACUAGCUGGUACUGAUAAAUUAUAUGCAUUACAAACAUUAAAUUGGUGGUCUCAAGUUAAAACAGCUGGUUCAGCAAUAUAUGCAAAUCGACAUUAUCUUGCUUUGUAUAAAACAAAUACACCACAACGUCUUGCUAAUGGAAAUGGUGAUAUUUGUAAUAUUAUUGGUGAUGUUUAUAUACAUCCAACAGCAACUAUUGAUAAAACAGCUGUGCUAGGACCAAAUGUCAGUAUUGGACCAAAUGUUAAACUUGGUUCUGGUGUUAGAAUACGCGAAACAAUUGUACUUGCUGAUUCAAAUAUUCAAUCACAUGCUAUGGUAUUACACAGUAUUAUUGGACGUGGUAGUGUUGUUGGUAAAUGGUCUAGAGUUGAGGGUACACCAAAUGAUCCAAAUCCAAAUAAACCAUUUGCUAAAAUGGAAAAUCCACCAUUGUUUAAUAUUAAUGGUAAAUUAAAUCCAUCAAUAUCCAUUCUUGGUACCAGUGUUAAUUUAGCUGAUGAAAAAAUAUUACUUAAUUCCAUUGUCUUACCGCACAAAGAAUUAACGAAAAAUUUUAAAAAUGAAAUUAUUUUGUAAAUAAAUUGCAUUUUUGUUUUUUCCAUUAUUAUACACUGAUGUAUUUACAUCGAAAUUUAUACAAUAAUUUUUUCUUUUUUUACUAUGAAAUAGUAGUCAGCUUAUUCUGAUGAAUUUAAAAAAAAAGUGCAAUAAUUUACAAGUUUAUAAAAAUAUAAACAGACAAUAUAUAGGUAUAUAUUUUUUUUGUAAUAUUUUUACGAAAAUUAUAAUGAUUCCAUGUAAAUAAAAGUAAAAACAAAAAUAUUUCCAGAUUUUUUUUUCCUUAAGAUAUAAUACUGUAAGAUUAUUUUUAAUAAUAUUUAAAAAUAAAAAGAAAAUAAUCAUUAACAUUGCACAAAAAAAACUCAAGCCAUAAAAAAAAAAAAAAAAAAAGACUUGAUUUGCCAUAAUAUUGAAUAAAAUAAAUAACUUUAUGUAAAAAAAAAAUAAAAAAUAAAUGUUUUGUUAUUUGUAAA